UCCUCGUCCCCGCGGCUGGCGCAGGACCUCACUCCAGCUGAGCGCCCACGGGGAGCGGGUCGCGGGGCGGCAGCGGCGAGGAGGCCGAGGGACUAGAAGGAGGAGGACAGGGCGCGCGCGAGCAGCCAGUGAGGGGGUCCCGGCCGUCCCGGGCCAUAGUUGAUCCCCGCGCCGUGGGCGAGCGCGCCCGCCGCCCCUUCCAGGACAGCCACCGCCGCGGGGGAGAUCGCGCCGAGCUUCCUAUGACUCCCUGAAGUUGUCGCGCUCCCUUCUGCGUCCGCCACCCGGGCCGUGUCCCUGGUCCCCGUGCAUCGAGUGCGCCCCCGCUCCCCGGCCCGCGUACCCCGCUGGCAUGGACGUACACACCCGCUGGAAAGCUGCGCGCCCCGGCGCCCCGCUGCUGUCCCCGCCGCUGCUCCUGUUCCUGCUGCUGCUGUGGGCGCCGCCUCCGAGCCGCGCAGCUCAGCCAACAGAUCUUCUGGAAAUGCUCGAUUUUCACAAUUUGCCCUCAGGGGUAACGAAAACCACAGGUUUCUGUGCCACUCGACGAUCUUCCCAAGGGCCGGAUGUUGCCUACCGAGUCUCUAAAGAUGCACAACUCAGCAUGCCCACCAAGCAGCUGUACCCUGAGUCUGAUUUUCCUGAGGACUUCUCCAUCCUGACGACCGUGAAAGCCAAGAAAGGCAGCCAGGCCUUCCUGGUCUCCGUUUACAAUGAGCAGGGCAUCCAGCAGUUGGGGCUGGAGCUGGGCCGCUCCCCCGUCUUCCUCUAUGAGGACCACACAGGGAAGCCUGGGCCGGAAGAGUAUCCACUCUUCCCUGGAAUCAACUUGUCAGAUGGCAAGUGGCACCGGAUUGCUAUCAGUGUCCACAGGAAAAAUGUCACCUUGAUCCUGGACUGUAAAAAGAAGAUUAUAAAGUUCCUCAACCGCAGUGACCACCCCAUAAUAGAUGUCAAUGGUAUCAUCAUGUUUGGCUCUCGGAUUCUGGAUGAUGAAAUAUUUGAGGGUGACAUCCAACAGUUGCUCUUUGUCUCUGACCACCGGGCUGCCUAUGAUUACUGUGAGCACUACAGCCCCGACUGUGACACCGCGGUCCCUGACACACCUCAGUCACAGGACCCUAACCCAGAUGAAUACUACCCAGAAGGAGACGGUGAGACCUAUUACUAUGAGUACCCGUAUUAUGAAGACCCUGAAGACCCAGGGAAGGAGCCUGCCCCCACGCAGAAGCCAGUGGAAGCCGCCAGAGAAACCACGGAGGUUCCUGAGGAACAGACCCAGCCUCCACCAGAAGCCCCUACAGUGCCUGACACUACCGGCAAGGAGGAGGACCCAGGAAUUGGGGACUAUGACUACUUCCCCACUGACGACUACUACACUCCCUCCCCUUACGAAGACCUUGGCUACGGCGAGGGUGUAGAGAACCCUGACCAGCCCACCAACCCCGACUCAGGGGCCGAGAUCCCCACUAGCACCAGCGUUACCGCCAACAGCUCCAACCCAGCUCCGUCUCCAGGGGAAGGGAAGGAUGACCUGGGCGUUGAGUUCACCGAGGAAACCAUUAAGAAUCUAGACGAAAACUACUAUGACCCAUACUUCGACCCCGACUCCGACUCUAACGGCUCCCCAUCAGAGAUAGGGCCAGGCAUGCCGGCUAACCAGGAUACCAUCUAUGAGGGGAUUGGAGGACCUCGAGGUGAGAAAGGGCAAAAGGGAGAGCCAGCCAUCAUUGAGCCGGGCAUGCUGAUAGAGGGGCCCCCAGGCCCUGAAGGCCCGGCUGGUCUUCCAGGACCACCAGGAACUACGGGUCCUACUGGCCAAGUGGGCGACCCUGGAGAAAGAGGUCCCCCUGGGCGCCCAGGUCUUCCUGGGGCUGACGGCUUGCCCGGUCCCCCAGGCACCAUGCUCAUGCUGCCGUUCCGGUUUGGAGGUGGUGGUGAUGCUGGUUCUAAGGGCCCCAUGGUCUCUGCCCAGGAGUCCCAGGCCCAAGCUAUCCUCCAGCAAGCCAGGUUGGCACUGAGGGGACCAGCUGGUCCAAUGGGUCUUACCGGGAGACCCGGCCCCAUGGGUCCCCCUGGGAGCGGAGGCUUGAAGGGUGAGCCAGGAGACAUGGGACCUCAGGGUCCGAGAGGUGUGCAAGGUCCACCUGGCCCAACAGGGAAGCCUGGAAGACGGGGCCGUGCUGGGAGUGAUGGAGCUAGAGGCAUGCCUGGACAAACAGGCCCCAAGGGUGACCGUGGCUUUGAUGGCCUGGCUGGGUUGCCGGGAGAGAAGGGCCACAGGGGUGACCCUGGUCCUUCUGGUCCUCCCGGACUCCCAGGAGAUGAUGGAGAGAGGGGUGAUGAUGGAGAAGUUGGGCCCAGGGGCCUGCCCGGGGAGCCUGGACCGCGUGGUCUGCUUGGGCCAAAAGGGCCUCCUGGCCCUCCAGGACCUCCGGGUGUAACUGGUAUGGAUGGCCAGCCCGGCCCGAAAGGAAAUGUGGGUCCCCAGGGAGAGCCUGGGCCCCCCGGACAGCAGGGUAAUCCUGGUGCUCAGGGUCUUCCGGGCCCCCAGGGUGCCAUUGGCCCUCCAGGAGAAAAGGGUCCUUUGGGGAAACCAGGUCUCCCAGGAAUGCCCGGCGCUGAUGGACCCCCGGGGCACCCUGGCAAAGAAGGUCCUCCAGGAGAGAAAGGAGGCCAGGGUCCUCCUGGCCCCCAGGGUCCCAUUGGCUACCCGGGUCCCCGAGGAGUCAAGGGGGCAGAUGGCAUCCGAGGUCUGAAGGGCACCAAAGGCGAGAAGGGUGAAGAUGGCUUCCCUGGCUUUAAAGGCGACAUGGGAAUAAAGGGUGACCGGGGGGAGAUCGGCCCACCUGGUCCUCGAGGAGAAGAUGGUCCUGAAGGCCCAAAGGGUCGUGGUGGUCCCAAUGGUGAUCCCGGUCCUCUGGGACCCACUGGGGAGAAGGGAAAGCUCGGAGUGCCAGGAUUACCAGGGUACCCAGGAAGACAAGGGCCAAAGGGCUCCAUUGGAUUCCCUGGCUUCCCGGGUGCCAACGGAGAGAAGGGCGGCAGGGGGACACCUGGAAAGCCAGGACCUCGGGGACAGCGAGGCCCAACGGGUCCGAGAGGUGAAAGAGGCCCUCGGGGCAUCACAGGGAAGCCUGGCCCUAAGGGCAACUCCGGAGGCGAUGGCCCAGCUGGCCCUCCUGGUGAGCGGGGACCCAAUGGACCCCAAGGACCCACAGGCUUCCCCGGACCCAAGGGUCCCCCGGGCCCACCAGGCAAGGAUGGGCUCCCUGGACAUCCUGGGCAGAGAGGCGAGACCGGUUUCCAAGGCAAGACUGGCCCUCCAGGCCCCCCCGGAGUGGUUGGCCCUCAGGGGGACCCAGGCCCCGCUGGCCUCCCUGGAAAGGAUGGCCCUCCAGGAUUGCGUGGAUUCCCUGGGGACCGAGGGCUCCCCGGCCCCGUGGGAGCACUUGGACUAAAAGGCAGCGAAGGUCCCCCUGGCCCCCCAGGUCCUGCGGGUUCCCCAGGAGAGAGAGGACCAGCUGGUGCGGCGGGGCCCAUCGGAAUUCCUGGGAGACCUGGGCCUCAGGGACCUCCGGGGCCAGCUGGAGAGAAAGGAGUUCCUGGUGAGAAAGGUCCACAAGGCCCAGCUGGCCGAGAUGGCCUCCAAGGUCCUGUGGGGCUCCCUGGUCCAGCCGGCCCCGUGGGUCCUCCUGGAGAAGACGGAGAUAAGGGAGAGAUCGGGGAGCCAGGCCAGAAGGGAAGCAAGGGGGACAAAGGCGAGCAGGGUCCUCCUGGACCUACGGGUCCUCAAGGCCCCAUUGGACAGCCAGGCCCCUCGGGAGCAGAUGGUGAGCCUGGCCCUCGUGGACAGCAAGGCCUGUUCGGGCAGAAGGGAGAUGAAGGCUCAAGAGGUUUCCCAGGACCACCAGGGCCAGUGGGAUUACAGGGUUUGCCGGGACCUCCAGGAGAGAAGGGGGAGACCGGAGAUGUGGGCCAGAUGGGCCCCCCUGGUCCCCCAGGCCCCCGAGGACCCUCUGGAGCUCCAGGUGCUGAUGGGCCACAGGGUCCUCCCGGAGGAAUCGGCAACCCUGGCGCAGUGGGAGAAAAGGGAGAUCCUGGUGAGCCUGGAGAACCUGGUCUUCCAGGAGAAGGAGGUCCUCUGGGACCUAAAGGAGAAAGAGGGGAGAAGGGAGAGGCUGGCCCCUCUGGUGCUGCUGGACCCCCUGGACCCAAAGGCCCUCCUGGAGAUGAUGGUCCCAAAGGCAGCCCUGGUCCUGUGGGCUUUCCCGGAGACCCUGGUCCCCCUGGAGAGCCAGGCCCCGCAGGUCAAGAUGGUCCACCUGGAGAUAAAGGGGAUGAUGGCGAACCUGGACAGACGGGAUCCCCAGGUCCUACUGGUGAACCUGGUCCAUCUGGACCUCCAGGAAAGAGGGGUCCUCCAGGUCCUGCAGGCCCUGAAGGCAGGCAAGGGGAGAAAGGAGCCAAGGGAGAAGCCGGCUUAGAAGGCCCUCCUGGGAAGACUGGUCCUAUUGGCCCCCAAGGGGCCCCUGGAAAGCCAGGCCCCGAUGGUCUUCGUGGGAUCCCUGGUCCUGUGGGUGAGCAAGGCCUCCCAGGAUCCCCAGGCCCUGAUGGUCCACCUGGCCCCCUGGGUCCUCCAGGACUCCCUGGACUCAAAGGAGACUCGGGUCCCAAAGGUGAAAAGGGCCAUCCGGGACUCAUUGGACUCAUCGGACCUCCGGGUGAGCAGGGUGAAAAAGGUGACCGAGGACUCCCAGGCCCUCAGGGCUCAUCCGGUCCCAAAGGAGAACAGGGCAUCACUGGUCCUUCUGGCCCACUCGGGCCUCCUGGGCCCCCUGGCUUGCCGGGCCCUCCAGGUCCCAAAGGUGCUAAAGGCUCUUCGGGUCCCACCGGCCCGAAGGGCGAGGCAGGCCACCCAGGACUCCCUGGCCCACCUGGCCCUCCAGGUGAGGUCAUCCAGCCCCUGCCAAUCCAGGCAUCCAGGACUCGGCGGAACAUCGACGCCAGCCAGCUCCUGGACGAUGGGGCUGGGGAGAGCUAUGUCGACUAUGCCGACGGCAUGGAGGAGAUCUUCGGCUCCCUCAACUCCCUGAAGCAGGAGAUUGAGCAGAUGAAGCGGCCACUGGGCACGCAGCAGAACCCCGCCCGUACCUGCAAGGACCUUCAGCUCUGCCAUCCUGAUUUCCCAGACGGUGAAUACUGGGUCGAUCCCAACCAAGGGUGCUCCAGGGACUCCUUCAAAGUCUACUGCAAUUUCACAGCCGGAGGGUCCACGUGUGUCUUCCCCGACAAGAAGUCUGAGGGGAGUAAAAUGGCCCGCUGGCCCAAAGAGCAGCCUUCCACCUGGUAUAGUCAGUACAAACGGGGUUCCCUGCUCUCCUACGUGGAUGCUGAAGGCAACCCUGUGGGCGUGGUACAAAUGACCUUCCUGCGGCUGCUGAGUGCCUCUGCCCACCAGAACAUCACCUAUAACUGCUACCAGUCAGUGGCCUGGCAGGAUGCCGCCACAGGCAGCUACGACAAGGCUAUCCGUUUCUUGGGCUCCAACGAUGAGGAGAUGUCUUACGAUAACAACCCCUACAUCCGCGCCCUGGUGGAUGGCUGUGCUACCAAGAAGGGCUACCAGAAAACGGUGCUGGAGAUUGACACACCCAAAGUGGAGCAAGUCCCCAUUGUGGACAUCAUGUUCAACGACUUUGGUGAAGCCUCACAGAAAUUUGGAUUUGAAGUGGGGCCAGCUUGCUUCCUGGGUUAGGAGCUGCUGAGCCCACUGGUCUCCAGAGCAACCUCGUGACCUCAGCACCCCACUCGUGGGUGUCCUGUGCACGGCCCAUCCUGGACAGUGAACAUUUCUCACCCCUGCCUGACUCAUCUGUGCCUCGGACCCUCCGUGGCAUUGGACCCCACACCCAGAGAGAACAAAGAGAAAGCCGUGUCCCCACGGAGCCGAAUCACAUGACCUAGCCACACCACAGCCUCUUGCCACACUGCAGGCCCUGGUCCCCAGCUCUCCUGACAGGUUCAUCAAAGGUGUUCAUGGACUGUUAGCCGGGAGUCAGGGGCUAACAUUUGGGGCAGUAUUUGGAAAUCACUUAAAAAAAAAAAUUCAACUUGAAGAUAUGUAUUUCCCUUGACCUUCAAAAGAUGUUCUGAGGUGGUCUUGUAAAGGUCGCCAAAGCCGCCUUCUUCUUCUUCUUUUUAAAAUAACCCUCAACACAUCCACUCAGAGGCCAAAUGUCAUUCCACACGUGCCUUUCCGAUGGAUUAAAGGUGCUUAUGUUUUUGUGAGAGUUUUAAGUAAAUAUUUGUAUUGUAUUGUUAUAAAUGUUAAGUGUGUCUGGCUUUCAAUCUUGCAUGGAAACUCAGCCUCAGGCCCAUGGGGAGAGCGGGCAGCUGGGACUGGGCACCAGCUCGGGCUUGCAAUCUGGCUCUCCGUAGAGGGCAUCUCCUCAACCCCCCCCCC